AUGCUCAAAGACAAGAUUUCUGCAGCAGAAUUACACAUGCUGAAGAGGAAGAAUGAAGCCUUCCAUCACUUUGAGGACACUGUAGCCAAGUGGAAAAAGAUUUCUGGUCAACCUAUAAUCAAGGGGUGCUGUUGUUGGGUCAUCAUACUGAAAGAAAAACAUGUCAAAGAAGGCAUUAAGAUGUUUGAGGGGAUUUUUGUCAGAUGGUGGGUUCAGGAUCUAAAGGGAAAGUAUCAUUUCUCAAGGGACAUUGAAUUUGAUGAGGACAUACCAGGCAAACUAAGCUCCAAGAAGAGAAUGUCAGAACAGAUUGUGGAUGAGGUAACUCUGGAUGAAGCUUUGGCAGAUGACACUCAGCAAAAUCAAGAUGAUGAAGAAUUACCCAAGACCUGGGAUCUAGCCAAACCACCAAUAACUUAUCAAGAAGCAAUAGCAAGACCAGAUAGUGAGCAGUGGAUUGUUGCAAUGGAAACUGAGCAGACAUUGAUGGCAGAGAAGGGAGUGUUUGAUCCUGUACCGGUGACAGUAUUGCUGAAAAACUACAAGGUGGGACACACCCAACAUCCUGAUGACUGUGAUAAUAUAUAUGCUCUGGUUGCCAAAAUGACAAGUAUAUGCAUUAUUCUCACUUAUGCUGCCAAGGAAGAUCUGGAGUUAUACACAUUCAAUGUUUAA